AUGCGCACAGGAGGCUUCUUCGAAGCUCCAACUAUAUAUGUUGCUUAUGCACAAAAUGAUACCCUCAAACAAGGCCAGCAGCUCCGGGACUAUGAGCAGCUAAUUUCUGCUGGAGGGGUCUUCAGGUUGGGAUUCUUUAGCCCCAACCCGAAUGCAGGCUUGAUCGGUACUGCUGGUGCAAGGUAUGAAUCACAAGACUGGACACUUACUUCAUGGUUGAGUGAAAAAGUUCCUGCUCCUGGUGCGUUCAGGCUAGGCCUGGAUCCAAGUGGUGCUAAUCAGUUACUUGUUUGGCGGCGAGAUGAGAUUCACUGGUCAAGUGGUGUGUGCCUGAACGGAAGUUUUCAAUCAGCACCUGAGCUAACUCAAUUGACAAAAGGAUAUAAUAUAUAUGAUUUCAGAUUUGUGGCAAAUGAGGAGGAAACGUAUUUCUCCUAUUCUAUUAAGGAGAGGUCUAUUUUAUCUAGGUGGGACUUGGACACUUUGGGUGAAGUUACACUGUUGACUGUGGACAGACGAGAUGGUAAUAAUCGCUGGACAUUUGAGACUUCUGGUGCAUGCCAUAAUGGUUUCAAGAAUUCAACUUCAGUUUGCCUAACUGAAAAGCCAACUAAGUGCAGGAAUGGUACUCAAUCUUUUGUGCCGAAGAGAGGGUAUAUCGAUGUGUCAGAGAUAUGGUAUGAUACUGACACAAACUUGGCUCUCAGUACGUGA